AUGACUAUUGGUUGUGUACUGCCCUGUGAGGAGGGCCAGUGCCCUCAGCUGCAAGUCAAGAAGGAGCCCAAGGACCGAAGGGAGUUACUGAACAAACACUUGAGGGACGCGCGGCAGCUUAACAAGAGUAUCGGCGGAUUCGGCGUGAGCAGAGCCUAUUGCUACGAAGUGUGGAAGCUGUGCGACGCCCUAUGGGGCGCGGACCUUGACAAUGACGGCGUCCCAGGCACAGACGUAGCGUCUGUGGUUAACCGCUACCAUAAACUACUGGAGUGGCUACGGGAAGCAGUCGCGGAGACCACAGACAACGAGCUCAGCAAGCCUAGCAAAGGAGAAACUGAGGAUGAGGAGGACGGCCAUAGUUCCCGAGUGUGGUCGCUGCUGCUAGGCGGAAGAGUGUUAGAAGCCUGCAAACUUUGCCGCGAGCGAGGAGACCUUAACAUGGCCGUGCUUAUAGCGCAGGCUGCCGGUUCCCCAACAUUCCGUUCGCUACUAUCGCGCCAACUGUCUCAAUGGCGCGCAUGCGGCGCCGACGCCAAAAUCGCUAAGAAUCGCUUCGCGGCGUUACGACUGCUGGCUGGAGAAAAAGCUCAAUUAGAAGACGCGGACUGGCUGAGAGCCUUACACGCCACUGCUAGAUACCUCUGCCCACAAGUGCCGACCCUAGAGCGAAUAGUCCGCAAGUACGAAAGUUUCUUCUCAAAUAGCACAGAAGAAGAAGAAGAAAUAGACCUCAGUCUUGUAGAAGUGGACGAAAUGAGCAUGAAGUUACCCCUGCCGCCUUAUAUGAGCCAGUGCGAGAUGAGAGAGAACGACAGCCUGCUCCGCGUAUUGGACCUGCGCUACGAGUUGAUCCGCGCGCGCGCGACUAACGGCCGCCCGCGGCUUCGUCCGGCCAGCUACUCGCCUGACCCGCUGGACUACAGUCUAUGUUUCCUCCUCGGCACGUGGUUUGGGCACCCAACCAUAGACAGCAUUACGGGCGUAGCGGACCAAUUGGAAGCGUGUGGACUCUGGCAUCUAGCGGUGCAGGCUUUGGCGUUCCAUCCUGAUGCUGUAGCCCGAGGCCACCUCAUCCGAGGCGUGUUGUCCCGCUACGCGCCGGCCAAAGCUGACACUCCAGAACUGACCAGCCGCCUGGAGCUGAUAGCCAAGCUCAGAGUGCCCGCGGAAUGGGUGCUACUGGCUAGGGCACAUCGAGCUAAGUACGAGACAGGGAGAAAUCUCCGCUCCGCUUCAGGGAACAGGGAGAAAUAUCCACUCCGUAGGGAGAAAUCUCCGCUCCGCUUCAGGGAACAGGAAGAAAUAUCCGCUCCGUUUCAGUAG